AUUAAAUUUUUUAAAAUUUUAUAAAAUAUGUUAAAUAACUAGCAUACACGUAAAAGAUCACACAAAAAUAAUUACACUAAAUUUUUUUCGAAUAAACCCUAUUAAAGUGUAUUAUAAAAAUAAUAAUAAUAAUAAUCGAUAAUUGUAUCAAUAAAAAGGGUCUCAUUUCCCGCUUAUGUUGUUUCUCUUCUUCUUUCUCUCUCUCAUUAUUAUUUUUACUUCAACUUCUUUCUCUCUCUACAAACAACAACAAUAUGAACUCCCCCACAUAUGGAUCUGACCCGGUUUCACCCAACACCACCUUCGUCCAAGCCGACCCAUCAACCUUCCGAGCGGUGGUUCAAAAGCUAACCGGAGCACCAGACGACCCAUCAGCCCAAAAACUCCCACUCACUCUUCCUUCCCGUUUCAACAACCCCAAACCCGUUUCCACCGAUAUGGGGCCCCGAAGACCCGCUUUUAAGCUCCACGAACGCAGACAGAACACUAAGAAAUUAGAGCUUAAUCUCACCACCUCCGCUCCUGCCACCACCGGCUACGGCAACGGCAACGGCGUCUCUACUAAUGUCUCUUUGGGCCGUUACAGAAGUGGUGGCUCCCUUACUGGCCUUGUCGGCGGCGGUGAUCAGAUGAUGAUGGUUUCGCCUGUUUCGCCGUUUGAAUUCUUGGCGCGUGGGAGUCCGAGAACUCCGGUUUCGCCGUCGUGUAUGGAGGAGGAAGAGAAGGAGGAAGAGGAGAAAGCGAUCGCCGGAAAAGGGUUUUAUUUGCACCGGAGCCCGUUGAAUACGCCGAGAGGAUCGGAACCCCCUGAGCUAUUGACUUUGUUUCCUCUGUCUUCUCCAAGAGAUAAUAAUAAUACUAAUAAUCACACUAAUUCUUCUUCAACUUCUUAAUUAAUUAAUUAAUUAAUUAUAUUUUAUUAAGUUAGAUAAAUUAAUCUACUAAACAAUUUUUAAUUAUCUAUGUUAAUUUAAGUUUAUUUAUAAUGUGAAUGAAUUAGUUAUUUAUUUAGUA